AUGAAAGGGUCAAAUGACCCCUCUAGCCCCUAUGUGGAUCCGCCCCUGCAUGCAAGGAUUGAUGUCAAUAAUGGACAAAGCAAUGUGGCAGCAAAUGGCUCAUCUUUUGCACGCCUGAAGCGUGGCAGACCACUAGGCUCAAAGGACUCAGUUCCUCGAAAGAGUGUAUUGUGCCCUCUGGAGCAUUUCAUCAAGCAAUUUAGGGGCAAUUUGCAGGGGUCAACAUCUUCUCCUCUAAUGGUGGAUUCCGGGCUUGCAGGGCAAUGUGGCAGCAAAUGGCUCACUGUUGCACGCCUGAAGUGUGGUAGACCACUAGGCUCAAAGGACUCAGUUCCUCGAAAGAGAGUGCUGUGCCCUUUGGAGCAUUUCAUCAAGCGGUUUAGGGGCAAUUUGCAGGGGUCAACAUCUUCUCCUCUAAUGGUGGAUUCCGUGCUUGCAGGGGUUAAUUAA